AUUCACCGAAAACACAACACUCGUAUCAUACAUCAGCAGAAAAGACAAUUGCGUAGUACUGCAAAGCACAAUGCAUGCUUCAAAUGAUGUAGAAUCUGAUGGAAAAAAGUUGCCAAUAAUCAUUCAACAUUAUAAUAAAACCAAAGGUGGCGUGGAUACGGUUGACAAAAUGUUGUCUUGUUACAGUUCUAAAAGAAAGACGAAUCGAUGGCCAUUGGCGGUUUUCGCAAAUAUGAUCGACAUCUCAACUUUAAACGCUUUGAUUAUAUUCAAAGAUGUGAAACCAAAUUGGCAAACAAACAAACCAACAAUGCGACGAGUUUUCUUGCGUGAGCUUGGAAUAUCUCUUGCAAAAUCAUACAUGACAAUGAGAAAAGGCGUGCCACGAAACGAAUCAGCGGCGUCUUUGCUUUCUGUUAUUAGCAACAAUUCACUAAAUGAAUCAGUCGGGGAGCACAGUAGCUCAAAAGCCUAUUCCACAUCUUCACUGUUCCGUGAACCUUCAGAAUCUCGGGAGAGCUCAUCACGAUCAUUCAACAUUCCUCCAAAAAGAUCCAAAAGUGUUCCUCCGAAUAUCGAAGGAAAAGCUAGAUGUCACAUUUGUUAUAGCGAGAAGUCGAAAACUAAGAACUAUGUAUAUCAAACGAUGUGCUGUUUUUGCCAAAAAGGUGUAUGUAAGCGUACUCAUAACCGAAAUGUUUGUGUAAAAUGUAUUGAAGAUAGACUUAUUUGA